AGCAAUAAAAUUUAUCAUCAUCUAGCUCCAGCAAAAAAAAAAAUCCAUAUUCUAAAUUUUUCCUUUGCUUCUUGAAAAAAAAAAUGAAAAUUAAUUUUAUUUUAAUUUUGCAGGUACGGCCAGUUACCAACAUUAAAGUUGGUAUGGCAGGUUAUCUAGGAUUAAGGUACAACUUAAUUUUUCAUGAUUAAUUUCAAAUUUGAUUUUAUUAAUUAGCACAAAAUUCAAUUUUAAACUUGAGACACGGGCGGAAUUUUAUUUUUAUUUUAAAUAGAUUAUAAAUAUAAAAUUUCGAAGCUGCAGAAGUAUUUUUAUUUUUGUACAUAUAUUCAAAACUGUUUUUAUGAUGCCUAUGAAGCCAAACCUCAGCCAUAUACUUUUUCAAUAAUUAGGUAAAAUUAAUGUCCUUGCUAAAAACGUGGAGUUUACGAUAUUCAAUUUCUGCUCAACUCCCAAUCUAAAUACAUGAUUAGGACAUUGAUUUGUUGUUUUAUGGUCUCAAAAUAUCAAUAUAUAGCUUAGGAUUAAAUUAAAUAAAAGCAAACAAUAAUUGAGAUGGCAUUUUUGGCCAUUGUAUUAUUGCUAUUUAUCCAAUUAGCCUUGUUUUUGAGUCUGAAAUUAGUGUACCAAAUCUGGUUAAAACCUAAGAUAACAGAGCACAAAUUGAGAAAGCAAGGCAUACAUGUUCAGUCAUUUAAGCAACCACAUGGAAAUAUUAAAGAGGCUAACAUCGAGCCGGAGCUGACUCACGAUAUCGGGGCUCGCGUUGAUCCUUUGCUUCACGGACUCGCUUCGAGAUAUAAGAAAUUAUUUGCUGUUUCUCAUGGGACGAUGCCUACUGUUAUAAUUAUGGAUCCAAAGCUUAUAAAAGAGAUUUUAACAAGAAAAUUCGAUUUUCAAAAGCCAGAAGUAAGUCCAACAAUGAAAUUUUUCUUGAAAGGUCUUGCAAAUAUUGAAGGAGAUAAAUGGGCAAAGCACAGGAAAAUAAUCAAUCCUGCCUUCCACAUUGAGAAAUUGAAGGGAAUGUUGCCAUCUUUUAUGGCAUCUUGUGAAGAAAUGAUUGAAAAAUGGGACAAUUUAAUUGGAUCAGCAGAGUAUUAUGAAGUAGAUGUUAUGCCUGAGUUUCAGGAUUUAACAGCAGAUAUAAUAUCAAGGGCAGCUUUUGGUAGCAAUCUUGAAGAAGGGAAAUUUAUAUUUUCUCUUCAAAGAAAACAAGGCCAGCUUUUUUUACAGUCUCUUUUCAAUCUCAAUUCUAUUUGGUCAAGGUUAUUGCCCUCAAAAUUAACCAAAAGAAUGGUGCAAAUUCACCGACAAAUUCGAUCUUUAUUUGAAGGCAUAAUAGAAAAUAAAGAGAAGGCUACACAUUCAGGAAAUACAGAUCAACAAGAUUUACUCAGUUUGUUACUUCAAUCUAAUUCAAAUGAAGUUAAUGAGAAUAAAAAUGGCGGAAUGUCAAGAGAAGAUAUAAUAGAAGAAUGCAAAUUAUUCUACUUUGCUGGUCAUGAGACCACUGCAAAUUUAUUGACAUGGACAAUGGUUAUGCUGAGUAUGCAUCAAAAUUGGCAAGAUAAAGCUAGAAAUGAGGUUUUGCAGCUUGUUGGAAAAAAGAAACUAACUUUCGAUGACUUGAACCACUUAAAAAUUGUAAAUAUGAUUCUACUCGAGGUCUUGCGAUUAUAUCCACCAACAUCGUUAGUUCGAUCCAUUCAUAAAGAGACUAAAAUCGGAGAGUACUCUCUGCCAGCAGGAGUCAACUUGAAGGUUCCAUUGCAUCUAGUUCAGAGAGAUCCUCAACUCUGGGGAGACGACGCAACCGAGUUCAAUCCCGACAGAUUUUACGACGGAAUUUUAAAAGCAUCAAAGGAUCAAUUAUCUUUCUUUUCUUUCGGUUGGGGACCAAGAAUUUGCAUUGGACAAAAUUUUGCUAUGCUUGAAGCUAAAUUAGCAUUAGCUCUAAUCUUGCAACGUUUCUCAUUUCACCUAUCGCCAACGUAUAAACAUGCUCCUAAUGUUGUUAUUACUCUUCAGCCUAAGUUUGGAGCACAAAUUAUCUUACACAAAAUUUGAAUGUUUAGGUCCCUAUGUAUUGUACAAAAAAUUACUGAAUCUUAGCAUCUUAUUUUUUGUUGUUGAAAAUACUUUUGAAACUUAUAAAAGUCUUUUGGAAAAACAUAUUUAUAA